AAUGUGCCUCUAAAAAGUGGGAGGUGACAUUAGCAGAAACAUUAAAGCACCCUCUCUCUCUUGUAUAUGUUUGAUUGCAAUCUCAUGUAAUCUUAUUGUUUUGGAAGAUUAUAUUGGCAAAGAAAGUAGAUGAAAACCUCCAUUGUAAGCUCUGAAUCUUCAAAAGCUGCUCUGAAUCUUCACACCAAUGGCAUCACUGGUAAGAAAGGCCUUGAACAGGAUAUCUGGUUUUGCCAAUUCUUGGGAAAGAAACCAAUCUCCUCGCAGCAGCCCAAGAACUUUCCACAGAGAUGUUGAGCAAGAAGAGUUCCAGUUUGAAACUAGUCCUUGUCUAUCAUCCUACUACAGCGUCUUUGUAGUUCGCCUUGCCAUCAUGGUGAUGCUUGCAGUUUUGAUAGGAAUGCUAACCUUGCUGACGUGGCAUUUCACGAAGGUCUUCACGACAAAAUCUCUGGAAAAUUUAGCUCUUGGCCUUCGGUAUGAAAUUCUGCAACGUCCCAUUUUGCGAAUGUGGAACAUCUUGAAUUCCACAGUUGAAAUAACAACCGCUCAAGUCAAACUGUCGGAGUAUGUAAUUAGACGGUACAGCAACUCUGUUAAUCAAGCACAGCAAGUAGAGCUAUAUGAAGUAAUGAGGGAAGUAACAUGGGCACUGUUUGUAAGUCACAAAACUCUUAAUGCAAUAACUAUAAAUUACAAAAACGGUUUUGUUCAAGCAUUCCACAGAGAUCAUAGGAGUAAAAAUACAUUCUACAUCUACUCUGAUCUUGUCAACUACUCAAUCAAUGGCGUAUAUGAUAUCAACAUGUUAUCGUCUCAUCAUGGGUGGAACGAUCAAACCAUACAUGGUAACAUUUCUGCUAUCUGGUACCGAGAACCACUAGAUCCUGCUACCGGUGAAAAGAUUGGGAAAUCAGAGCCAAUCUCACCAGAUGAGCUAAUCAACAUUGCAGGCUUAUCACAAGUACCCGACGGUGCAGCCUCAUGGCACGUGGCGGUGAGCAAAUACACUGAUUCACCAUUGCUCUCAGCAGCGUUGCCAGUUUGGGAUGUUUCAAAUGAAAGUAUUGUGGCUGUUGUGGGAGUUACUAAGGCACUUUACAGUGUAGGUCGGUUGAUGAAAGAGUUGGUUGAAUUUCACAGUGGACACAUUUACUUGACCUCUCAAGAGGGUUGGUUGCUUGCUACUUCCACAUAUGCUCCACUUUUGAAGAAUUCAACAUCGGGGCCUAAGCUUAUGAUGGCUAUCGAUUCUGAGGAUAAUGUGAUACGAAUGGGCGCCGAGUGGUUGAAGAUGGUCUAUGGAAACAAGUUUCCUCCAAAUCAUGAGGCCCGUGUAGAGAAUGCUAGGCUUGGAGACCAGCUAUAUUACAUUGAUUCAUUUUUUCUCAACUUGAAGAGGCUUCCAAUGGUAGGGGUGAUCAUUAUUCCAAGGAAAUAUAUAAUGGGGAAGGUUGAUGAGAGAUCAAUUAAAACAUUGGUUAUACUGAUAUCGGUGUCACUAUGUAUCCUAGUCAUCGGUUGUUUUUGCAUUUUUAUAUUGACAACUGGGGUGUCGAAGGAAAUGAAACUAAGAGCGGAGUUGAUAAGCCAUUUAGAUGCAAGGCGAAAGGCCGAGGCAUCUAGCAACUACAAAAGCCAGUUUUUAGCAAACAUGAGUCAUGAAUUGCGAACACCUAUGGCCGCGGUGAUUGGACUGUUGGACAUCCUUACAUGUGAUGAUUGUCUCACAAACGAGCAAUAUGCAACAAUUACCCAAAUUCGUAAAUGCUCAACUGCAUUACUCCGGCUUCUCAACAACAUUUUGGAUAUCAGUAAGGUUGAAUCUGGAAAACUAGUGCUUGAAGAAGCUGAGUUUGACUUGGGGCGAGAACUUGAAGGGCUUGUUGAUAUGUUCUCUGUGCAGCGGAUUAACCACAAUGUGGAUACUGUUCUAGAUCUCUCUGAUGAUAUGCCAAGAUUAGUUCAUGGGGACUCUGCAAGAGUUGUUCAAAUAUUUGCAAACCUAAUUAGCAAUUCUAUCAAGUUUACAACUUCGGGCUACAUUGUUCUGCGAGGAUGGUGUGAGAAUCCAAGCACUUCUAGUAACACCAAGAAGUUUCCCAUCAAUCCAAAGGAAUCAUGGUGUAUGCAUAAAACAAAUUUGAAGCAACACGUUAACCUCAUAAAGCGAUCCUGCAAGAAAGAGAAGAAAGUGAUUCUUUGGUUUGAAGUUGAUGAUAGUGGCUGUGGAAUUGAUCCAAGCAAAUGGGAGUCUGUUUUUGAAAGCUUUGAGCAAGCAGAUCCCUCAACAACUCGCACGCACGGUGGCACUGGUCUUGGCCUAUGCAUUGUGCGAACAUUGGUAAACAGGAUGGGCGGAGAGAUUAAAGUUGUAAAGAAGAAUGGACCAGGGACUGUAAUGCAAUUAUACUUGCUUCUCAGUACACCGGCAGAUACUGCAGGACAGCAUUACCUACAUCAAUUUACUGAACAAAGUUUGACGGUCUUACUCGCACUGAAGGGCAGAAUGGGUAAAUCAAUUAUGUCCCAAUGGCUACAGAAAAAUGGAGUGAUGACACAAGAAGCAUCCGAAUGGAACGAACUGACAGAAAUCCUUCAGGAGCUCAUUCAAGUACAAUGUUCACUGAGAGAAUGUUCAAAAGAUGAAGCAUUAAGUAUUCAAGAAUUGAAUGAUUCAAUUUUCAUCAUAGUUGUUGAGAUUGGCCUACUUGACUUGAAUGAUGAUAGAUGGAGGCAACAGCUGAAUUUCCUCGACAAAUACAGUAGGAAAGCAAAGUUUGCGUGGAUACUAAACAUUGACACCUCCAACACCAUUAAGAUGGAGCUUCGUCGCAAAGGGCAUCUAUUGAUGGUUAAUAGGCCGCUAUACAAGGCGAAAAUGAUUCAGAUUUUGGAUGCUGCAAUACAGGAGAGAAAUCUUGAGCAGAAAAAGAAAAUGAACGCUUCAAAAGAUGAUUUGCAUGAAUGUCUUGAAAUCGAUCACAUUCAGUAUGAGGCAGACAGUUCUUAUGAUUCUGAUAAGUCAGAAAUGGGAAGUUCUAACUCCAUAAGUGAAUUGUAUAGUAAAGAAAAGCGAAGAGAAUGUGAACAUGAUGUUAGGACAAAUGAAAAUCCAAGUAGAGUUGGUAAUGAACAGAAAUCUCUUGGAGGCAUACGUAUAUUGUUGGCGGAAGAUACACCAGUUCUUCAGAGAGUUGCAACAAUAAUGCUAGAAAAGUUAGGGGCUACUGUAGUAGCUGUGGGAGAUGGAAUGCAGGCAGUGGAUGCUCUAAAGAUCACACCAACUGUGGAUGAUUGUACACGAGGAUCUUCCUUGGAAGAUGCAAUAAAAACUGAAGUAGAGGAAUGCUCUCCGUACGAUUUGAUCUUGAUGGAUUGUCAAAUGCCAAAGAUGGAUGGCUAUGAAGCAACCAAGGCAAUCAGGAAAUCAGAAUUGGGAACUGGUUCACAUAUCCCGAUUGUUGCACUGACAGCGCACGCAAUGUCAUCGGAUGAAGCCAAAUGCUUGGAGGUAGGUAUGGAUGCUUAUCUAACGAAACCAAUCGACUGUAAGCUGAUGGUGUCUACCAUCCUUUCGCUAACUAAAAAGGAUCGCCUAACUUUUGUUCCAAGCAGUGGAAUGGCACAAUUUUACUCAAACCAGAGCUAACAUCUUGGUUAUGCAAAGUCUGCAUGUAGAAAAUAAUAAUAGCAUACAGGGAAAGCAGCUAAUACAAGGUGAUGUUAACUUCUUGCAAACAUGCUUUUGUUUCCAAAUCAAGGAAUUUGAAACAAGAGCCAUCAAUGUAUAUGACUUUGGGUCCUAAUGAAAGUGUGAUUUUGGGGAAGCAUACAAAUUUGUGGAAGCUUAUGUUUGGUGUGUAAGUUGUUGGAAACCAGUGCCAUAUGUGCUAUCUGUUUUCUGGUUUUAAUUGAUUUCCUGUUUCUGUUUUUCUUCUUACAAAUAGAGUAGCACAUAUAGCACUGGUUUUCCAACAUAAGUAAUGCACUAGCAGCUAUGUGUCCCAGGAUAUAGGUGAAGAAUAAAGAAUUGUAAUCACACGCACACACAAGAACACAAGAUUUACGCGGUUCACCUCAAAACUAGAGCUAUAUCCACCAUCUCUGUGGUUUCACUACAAUCACAAAUAAAGGUUACACAAGAAUAUAAAGGUAGCACCCUCAUUUACAUAUAUAUAUAGAAAUUAAGACAACAUGUCACAAGUACAAAAAUACCAAAAAUACCCUUCUCAGGAUCACGCUAACCCACCACAAUGUAGCACACUGACAUGGACAAUGGACACCAAUUUGAUGGUAAACAGUGGUCUUCCCCAAAAAGAAAAAAGAAAAAAAGGGGACACUGCCACAGCUGGUCCGAGCCUGAAGGAAGCUAACAUAAAAUCUGAGUUGAAAACUAGUGAUUUUUUGAUAGACAGCUUUUUGAACCUUCAUUGAAAUGUGAUGUAGGUAAUAUCUAGUACAGUUUGUGUGCCAUUUACUAAAGCUGAUUUUAUUGUUUUCUAAUAUUUCUUGUGAGAUCAAAUUGAUAGAAAUAAACAUUGUAUAUAUACAAUUCCAGUGUUGGUUUGCAAACAAAUGCAUAAAUUCAACAAGUUGACCUCCAGAUGGUUAUUGGCUGAGCAGUUAAGUGCAGGUUUUAGCAAAGCUACAAACAACAAUGGUGGAUGAGCAGUUAAGUGCAGGUUUGAGCUAAGCUGGCUAACAACAAUGGUUUUAUUCAUUCUAAUGCUGGUUUGAGCCAAGUGCAACAACAAAUGCUAAAGCUGGUUCUACUCUUGUUAAAAUGGUAGUAGUAAUUAGGAUACCAUCAAACUAUUGAACAUAU